CUCAGCACCAGUUUAAACAGGAUAAAACAGGAAAUCUCCAAGUAACUGCCUGCUCUCCUGUCUAGUGGGCGCCAUUCCAAACCCAGGACAUUUUCUUUCCCUCGGCCUUGUGUUCCCCUCUUUCUGUACUCCGGAUGCCCGUCACAGGCUCGUCCCAUGGCCCUCGUUUCUGCUGAUUCCCGAAUUGCAGAGCUUCUCACAGAGCUCCAUCAGCUGAUCAAGCAAACCCAGGCACAUGCCACCAUGUCUGACUCUCAGAUGGGUGUUGGUAAUCUAACUCAGAUCCUCAAGCUUGGGCAACAGCAUAGACUUGGUCUGGGGAGCCCAGUGGCCAAGAACCUAUGCUGGCUCCUCACCGAGCACUCCUUUCUCCCUUCCCUGCCUAGCAUCCUCCGCAAAGCGCUGGAUAAGAUAGCUGAGAUCAAGUCUCUGUUGGAAGAGAGGCGGAUCGCGGCCAAGAUCGCAGGUCUCUACAAUGACUCGGAGCCCCCACGGAAGACCAUGCGCAGAGGGGUGCUGAUGACGCUGCUGCAGCAGUCAGCCAUGACCCUGCCCCUCUGGAUCGGGAAGCCUGGUGACAAGCCCCCACCGCUCUGUGGAGCCAUUCCAGCCUCAGGGGACUAUGUGGCCAAACCUGGAGACAAGGUGGCUGCUAGAGUGAAGGCUGUGGAUGGGGAUGAGCAGUGGAUCCUAGCUGAAGUAGUCAGUUACAGCCAUGCUACCAACAAGUAUGAGGUAGACGACAUCGAUGAAGAAGGGAAAGAGAGACACACCCUGAGCCGGCGGCGCAUCAUCCCACUGCCCCAGUGGAAAGCUAACCCUGAGACAGACCCCGAGGCCUUGUUUCAGAAGGAGCAGCUGGUGCUGGCCCUGUAUCCCCAGACCACCUGCUUCUACCGUGCCCUGAUCCACACGCCCCCACAGCGGCCUCAGGAUGACUACUCAGUCCUGUUUGAAGACACCUCCUAUGCAGAUGGCUACUCCCCUCCUCUCAACGUGGCCCAGAGGUACGUGGUGGCUUGUAAGGAGCCCAAGAAAAAGUGAAGCUGGGGGCAGGCUAGAGUCUGCCCCUGCCGACCUCACGGGAGAAGGCAACAAAGGAGUUCCUGAAAUCAAAUAAAUACUCUUCCCUCUCA